ACAACUUCAUAUCCAUUUCAUCAUUCUUCACAUUUCAAAAAUCCAACAAGAACACAAUAGUUACAAUUUACAUAAUUACUUACUUUUCAAUACACAAAGAUGAGUUCAGGAAUAAGAGCUUGGACAGUGGCAGCUAGUGUUGGUGUUGUGGAAGCCUUGAAAGACCAAUUAGGCAUAUGUAGAUGGAAUUAUGCUUUGAAAUUAGCUCAACAACAUGUCAAAAACAAUGUUAGAUCUUUCUCUCAAGCAAAGAAGCUUUCUUCUUCAUCCUCUUCUAUGAUUUCUAAAAGACUAAAAGAUGACAAGCCAAAUCAGUCUGAGGAGUCAUUGAGGACGGUCAUGUACUUAAGCUGUUGGGGUCCCAAUUAAAGGGGCUAUAUUUUUUUAUAUUUUGGAAACAAUGCUUAACUAUUAAGUGUGUUAAGUAUUCUUGUAAAUUUUGAUCAAUGAUAGUGUUGAGCAUUGCUAAAUUUAAAGUUUUCUUUAAUUUAGUUUCUUUGGUUUGGAA